CGGGGACGUGUUUCUUGUCCCGUCGAGUGUUUGACUGCUGGGAGUAAGAAACUUUCUGCUGACCAGGGGAAGCCAUAGCGAGAUAAAAACCGUCGACGGGUGUCCUGAAUUCUCCAGCGUCGUGAUAGACUGCAAUGAAAAUGAGUCUUCUUGAAAUCAGUGAAAACGUGAAGUUGGGCAGAGAAUUUGCCUUAUUGGGGAAUUAUGAUUCUUCGUUGGUCUACUAUCAAGGUGUGAUUGAACAGAUUCAGAAAUAUUUAUCCUCUGUCAGAGAUCCUACAUACAAACAGAAAUGGAAUCAGAUAUGGCAAGAGAUAAGUGAAGAAUGUCAGCAUGUCAAAGAGAUUGUGGCAACAUUGGAUGGAUUUAAACAUAACAGUUCUCCUUUGCAAACUAUGCGGCAUGAAGGGCCAGCAAAUGAUUUGGAAGUCUGGUCAUUGCCUGUGCCAGUAGAGCGCAAACCAUCACCUCACCCAAGGAAAAGACAGUCCACUCCAUGUAAUGACCAUAGAGCUCCUCAGAAAGACCGCCUAGGUGCUCCAGUUAAAGGUUCUACCCGUUCGGUAUACCGAGUAGGAAACAGUGAGAAAGUGAAAACAAGCAAAGGAAAGGAAAAGAAGGGGAAGGAUGACAAAGUAAAACAGACUGAUGUCUCUGAAAGUGAACCCAAAAAAUUUGAUGGCUCUGGAAGUGACCGGGAUUUAGUGGAAGCUUUAGAGAGAGAUAUAAUAUCUCAAAACCCAAAUGUUCGAUGGGAUGAUAUAGCAGAUCUGGCAGUAGCAAAAAAAUUGCUGGAAGAAGCAGUAGUUCUACCUAUGUGGAUGCCAGAUUUCUUUAAAGGAAUCAGACGACCGUGGAAAGGAGUUCUGAUGGUUGGUCCGCCAGGAACUGGAAAAACAAUGUUGGCUAAAGCUGUUGCAACUGAAUGCGGAACAACAUUUUUCAAUAUUUCUUCUUCAACGCUUACUUCCAAGUACAGGGGAGAGUCUGAGAAACUAGUCCGCCUUCUGUUUGAAAUGGCCAGAUUUUAUGCCCCAACAACCAUUUUUAUUGAUGAAAUUGACUCCAUUUGCAGUCGUCGAGGAACUGCUGAGGAGCAUGAAGCUAGCAGAAGAGUGAAAGCAGAGCUCCUCGUUCAGAUGGAUGGUGUUGGAGGUGCAUCAGAAAAUGAUGACCCUUCCAAGAUGGUUAUGGUUCUGGCAGCCACUAAUUUCCCAUGGGAUAUUGAUGAAGCUCUAAGGCGGCGGCUGGAAAAGCGGAUUUAUAUUCCUCUGCCAUCAGCAACAGGCAGAGAAGAGUUGCUGCGAAUAAAUCUGCGAGAACUGGAAGUGGCAGAUGAUGUGGAUGUCAAAAAAAUAGCAGAACAAAUGGAGGGCUAUUCUGGAGCAGAUAUUACUAAUGUUUGCAGGGAUGCCUCCAUGAUGGCCAUGCGACGUCGCAUUCAGGGCCUAACUCCUGAGGAAAUAAGAAAUAUCUCCAAGGAUGAAUUGCAGAUGCCAACAACCAUGGAGGACUUUAGAAUGGCAUUGAGAAAGAUUUCAAAGUCCGUUUCUGCUGCAGAUCUUGAAAAAUAUGAGAAAUGGAUUACUGAGUUUGGUUCCUAUUGACCAAUAUAGAUAUGUUUUAAAUAGUAACAGCUAAAUCACAAUGUUACCUCCGGUAAGAUAGAAGAUUGCCUUUUUAGCCACAGGCCAAAAGUAAUUGCCUUGAGUGUCCUAUUGACAAUUAUUGCGAUUGUGUUCUUGCUGCUUAUGUCUUUGACUUUUUACUUUAUUGAUUUUUUUUAUUUAAACCACAGAUAUCGCAAAACCAAAUGUUCUUGGAGAAUCUUGCCAUCAAGAUCUGUCAGAGAAUUCUAUUUAAUUCUAAACUUUGUUUUUCUCCAGCAGUGUUGAUUUGUUUUAGAGAAGUUUUUAUUUUACUCUUUACUGUUUCAUUUAUAACCAUGUUAAUAAGUGUGUUAAUGUAACAAUAUGGAAGGUUUCACUUUUAACUAUACCAGUUAGUGCAGCUCCCUGACACUAUCACUAUUCACUUUUAAAUAGAAUUGAAUGAAGUAGGGAAAAAUAAAAUAAAACAGUCAUUAAAUGGAAUUCUUUUGAUUAUUAUCAGAUUUUGACAGUGAGCUUCCCUCAAUCAUUUUUGUAAUUGUUUAAUUUCUAAUAAACAAAAUCUUUAAAGCACGAAUGUUGAACAGCAUGCAAUGUACUUUAAAGUACAGUGAGGGAAAAGAGGUAUCCAUUCCUUUUUCUCUUUCCUCCUUCACUUAUUAAACUUUCUUUCCUGCCCCUUCAUUUUGUCAGAUGAAGGACAUACACAUAAAGGUGGCUUGUAAAAUACAGAACAAUAAUAUUAAGGUAAAGGAGAAAAUUUGUCCCCAUUUUCAGAGAUAUUUAUAAUCAGCUAGUUUACAUUAAUUCCUCCUAUAUGCCAUCAGUUUUAAAAUUGAUCUCAAAAUAUGAAUUGAAAUGGAUUCACUGAUUUUAAAGUCAUGAUUGCAUUUUUGCAAUCAACACAUGUAGAUGGAUCAUUACUGUUGUUUGAAAGAUUGGUUACCCUCUAGCAGUGUUCCUGUUUAGACACUCAGUAGUAUUUCUCAGGUAUAAAAGGACUCAAUUGUUCGAUUUUUUUUCUUUUAUUCCUUAAUUUUUAAAAAUGAAAAUUUAUUUCCUCAGAUCAUGGGCAUUUUAUUCAACUGUGUUGCUUGCAUGGAGGUCCUACAGGGCACUGGCCUCUCUGCCAGCAAUAAUUACAAGCAAUCUAUGUAUGAACUACACUUUUUAUGGGGAUUGAAACAACGUGUUGGAAACGGACACGUUGUGAGUUGUUAGUUACAAAUAGUAAGUUCAUCUUUAAGUUGUCUCAGUUUACCAUUUAAGAAUUAGCAUGUUGUGGCAUGUGAAGACAAUUUUAGCUGAAAGAACCGUUAUAUGUCAAUAAAUGCUUAGACUGGUAUCACCCCUAUUCCUGAAUUGUUUGUUUUGGGCCUGGUUCAUUAGAUACAGGCAGCUAAUGCUGCACUGCACCAUGUCCCAGUUGAGCUGUGUACUUUUUUUUAAAAACUUCCUUGUUCAAAAUAUUGAAGUACCAAAUGAAGAAAUUUUAAGACUAGUUCUCCCCACUGUUGAGGCACGGCGUUAUAGGAGUAAGACGUUGGAAAUUGCAAUAAUUAAGAUCUUUAGACAUUUUAGUGUCUGCUUCUUUCUGAGUGGGCCUGCAUCCUAUGGCACAGUAGAGACUACUAGGUUUGUAAAAAAGUUCAGAUUAUUUUUAUCUUGACACUCAUACUGGUCUUAGAAUCUUCCAAUUCUGGAAUACUUGUAUGUAAAAAUGGGAAGAAUGCAACAUAACUUUUUUUUUGUUCUUUUGCCUUUCUAAGGUUCUGUCAGGCACAAAUGUUGGAAUUGUUCUUAAGAAAGUAUGUCAAGAUACCCUGCUCCAGUAGGGGGUCAGAGGUAUCUGAAACCAAGCUAAAUGUUCCUUUUAGCUGAUUUAUUUUCUGCACUUAACUUGCAUUUAUUCAAAGCUAAACUGCAGAAGAUUUUCCUUGCAUGCACAACCAGACUCUGAGAUAAUUCCCCAAUUACAUUUUAUAGUCAUGAAAAGAUGUAAGACUAUGAAAUAAUGUAUGGAGGUGGUAUAUAUUAAGUGUAAACUUGGUCAUGGUGUGUUGGAUAAAGUCAGUAUUCUGAAUUCAAAUUACUUUCAGAAAAUAGUUUGUUCAUCUAUAAUUCUGAGACCUUAAUUUUGUUUACCUGCCAGCUGAACAGUUACAAUCUGCUAGUCUAAUGUAAAAUGAAUUAAGGUGUGUUCUAAAGUAGUGUUUUCAGAAUUUUUACAGUUUUAAACAUUUAUACUUUACUCUGGAAAUGCCUUUUACUAUUUUAAUAAACAGUUUGAA